UGUGGCUCAUGCACGACAAAUUUCCUAAGUCGCAGCCGUCCUUGAAAGCUCACUCACUGACAGGGUCGUAGCAGUCUGCUGUGUACUGUAAGGCUCGAUACACGGUAUACAGUUUGAGUCGACUGAGUUGUGAACUCUAUGCCAGGAAGAAACUUGGUCCAUGCAACAACUGCUUGGCCAUCAACUCCUCAUCCACAUCAAUCUCCUACAUUGCCAAAUCAGCACUCAGCUUAGAGAAGCCCAACAUGAUUCUCCCAUUUCACCUUGUGAAAAGCUGCGGCGGCUUCGUCUUCGCGGCGCAGGGCAGCGACAUCCACACUUUUAGCUCAGCCCUCGAGCAUGUCUCGACAUGGAAGUACCCGGCGCAACCAGUGGACAAGCCACAUGAGCCAUCCGCCGAGACACAAAGCUCGCCAGCACCCGAAGGCCCGCCAGCUAAGCGGAGAAAAGUUGAGGAUUGUCAGGACUCCGUCUCCAUCGGUCAGCCUGCCGAGUCCACGAACGGCAAGCCGAAGAGCAAAAAGGCAGCGCAGUACGACUGCCCUGCCAACGAGAGGCCCUUCAUCCAGGGUCUCUACGCCACCGCCGAUGGCCGCCAUCUGAUAGCCAUCACCGGCGCCGACAAAACCAUUUGGGUCUUUGAGCAUGACUUGGCAGCAACAUUAACUCUGACCAGAUCCAUGCCCAAACGCCCCUGCGCCCUCGCCCUCACCACCGACAACCGCACGAUUCUCUCAGCCGACAAAUUUGGCGACGUUUACGCUCUCCCCUUACUGCCCUCCUCCACCUCAAAAUCCGUCGAAAACUCAACCGCCAACCAAUCCUCUCCCCGCAGCACAACCUCUUCCAUUCAAACCCCUUCCCGCAGCACCACCCCCUCCGCAAAACCUUUCAAACCCCAAGCGGACCCGCUCACGGUGCACACCAAGCGCAACCUCAAAGCCCUCGAGGCCCAAAAGAUCAGCCUCGCCCGCAGGGAGGCCAUCCUGAGGGAACAGCAACAAGCCGCCAACCGUCCGCAGUUCGAGCACACCCUCCUGCUGGGCCACGUUUCCAUGUUGACGGCCAUCUGUGUCGGCACCUCCUCCUCGGUCGAUGGGAGGCCAAGGGAAUACAUCAUCACGGCCGACCGCGACGAGCACAUCCGCGUGUCACGCGGCGUGCCGCAGGCGCACGUCAUUGAGGGGUUCUGUUUGGGGCACGAGGACUUUGUGAGCCGACUGUGUGUGGCGCCGGGAGGGAGGGCGGAGUUGUUGAUCUCCGGGGGCGGGGAUGAUGAUCUGUUCGUCUGGGACUGGUUACACGGGACGCUGCUUGGGCGGGCCGGGGUGCUGGAGCAUGUGAAGGAGGUUGCUGGGCAUGAAGCGGCAAGCAAGGUUGCUCUGACGAGGAUCUUUGCUUGCAGGUGGGAAGGGGUAAGGGUAGUGGUGUUUGUUGUUGUUGAAUGUGUCCCCGCGCUAUUCCAGUUUGAGCUCCUCGAGGACAAUACGUUGCAGCACCGCGAAACCAUCCCUCUGCCUGGGAAUCCGCUCGAUAUGGAGGCGAUCGAGACACCCGGCGCCACACCCCGUCUCCUGGUCGCCGUGUAUCCCGGUGAGGAGGGCGGCUCCUCGCUGAUCCCGCUAGACAAGGAAGAGGCGGGCUGGCGACUAGGGAGAGUCGAGAACCUCCCUGCUGGUGGGGACGCCAACAUCGGUGACGAAGAGUUGCAGAAGAUCCUGUAUUCUACCGAGAGCUUGCGCAAGUCGAGUGAUUUUGACUGA